AUAUUUGUCAAGUUUCUGUAGCGAAGUGCUGAGAGUCUCUGGGAGUUUUAUAUUUUGUGUUGAACAAAAAAUUGAUUGAUUUGUGUAAUAGGUUUUCGAAAUUUCGACGGUUUAUAAUUUCAUACAUACAAGAUGUCAAUGAAAGCAGAGUUGUUCAAAGAAAUCGUGACUUUCAUCAAGGAAUAUAAAGGAUUGACUUUUUAUUGCCUGGAUGAAUUAGAAAAGUUAUACCCCAGUGUGAGUAAGGAUGCACUAGCAAGUAUUUUGUCUUAUGAAUUCCAAAGUAAAAUGAGGGCUGUGUAUUCUAAAAGUCAGCAAGCUCGUAACAAAUAUUGGGAAGCUUAUAAUAAAGGUAUGAAAGCAAAAGAAGAUGGUGUUAUACUUAGGAUAUCUAAAGAUGAAGGAAUUGCCCCAUGUCUUAUUGCAAAACUCAUUUUGCUUGAGUAUUUAGAGAGAUCAAAAAAAGUUGAAGAUGAAAAUGUCUUACAGACUGUGAAUAGAUAUUUGAAAAAUACUUCACUGAUACCAGAUGGGGAUUUAGCUGUUGAAGUAUUUAUGUGUACAGUUUUUGAUAAUUUGUAUAGUCCAGCUGCAGAUGUUAUAAGACAUGCAACUGGCCAACAAUAUGAAAUUCAGCUUCAUAAAGAGGUGACAAAGUUGAAUUUGGCUUUUAGAGAUGAAGAAUACUUGAGGAGAUGGGGUUAUGACAAAACACCAGACAUCAAACUGGAGGUGCCCAUUUCAAUUGAUGGUUUUCUUGUGAACUGGAUUGAAAGUAAAGGAUUAUUCGGAUCUGAAAAAGUUCACAGGGAAUAUACUGAAAGUCAGUAUUUAAGCUAUUGGAAUAGGUUUGGCCCAGGUUUGGUUAUCUACUGGUUUGGUUAUGUUGAAACAAUAAUUGACCCGAACAAUAAAAGUUUUCUAAUACGUGACCAUAUGCCCACAGAUAUUAUUACAAUAGGAAAUAAAUAAGUGAUUUAAGAAUCGUUAUUAUUUGUUGAUGUUGCUUACUACAAAAAAGUUUCAUCUUUUUCAAAGUAUGUAUUCUUAAGCUCAGUACACAUUUUUAUCUCUGUUAAUUAUAAUCUUCAUGAUCACAUCUAUUUUAUAAAGAUUCCACUGAAAUAAUUCAGAGUUUUUAUUCUGUUUUCAUUAUUCCAUAUUUAUAAAACCUAAGCUUGUACUGAUUAAGAUAUAAGUUUUUCUGUGAUAUAAAAAUAUUUUUGUAAUUAUAAUUAAUGAAUAAAAAUACCAAUUUU